AAACGUUCAUUGUUUGUUCUCGGUUGUAAUCGACAAUUUUACUUUGGCUUUUAUUUUAAUUUAUCCCAUUAAAACUCGUUAUGAUACGCGCGUAUGUCUACAGAAAUAUAGAUGAAAAUGAAGGCAAGCUUAUGGUUGUGGAAAAUUCGAUUGAAGAGUUCAAAACUGUAAUCUCCACACAAUUUAAGUUGCCAUUGGAGGAUAUCAAAUUAUUUUCCCCGAAUGGAUGCGAAAUAAACGACACCAGAGUGAUUAGGGAUAAUGAAAAGGUGUAUUUGAACCAUGAGAAGGUUGGGGACGGAGCAAGCUGUGAUAUUGAUGAGAAAUCCUUGGAAAAACUUAGUAUAACUGAGAACUAUGAAUUGCAAGAAAAAAAGGUGGUUUCAGACUGGAUAAUAUUGAAUGUUGGUGGUAAACACUUCACUACGACAAGAUCCACUAUUCUGGCUAAAGAACCGCUGUCUAUGUUGGCCAGGAUGUUCGCAGAAGACAAUAAUGUGUAUCUUAUGAACCCUAGUGUUACUGAUUCAGUAGGGGCCUACCUUAUUGAUAGGAGUCCUGAGUAUUUCGAGCCUAUUUUGAAUUAUUUGAGGCACGGUGAUGUGAUAUUAGACAAGCAUGUGAAUCCUAGGGGAGUAUUGGAGGAAGCAAUAUUUUAUGGCAUAGAUUCCAUGAUACCAUUCCUAAACCAGCUGAUUUGGGAGGCCAAAAGUUCCAGUGGCAACAACCAAGCGUUGACUCGGAUGGACGUUGUUCGCUCAAUAAUCACAACGCAUAUAAACACUGAGCUGAGGUUCCAGGGAGUGAAUCUUGCUGGGGCUGACUUGAAUCGACUGGAUCUGAGGAACAUUAAUUUUAAAUAUGCGUGCCUGUCACGAUGCAACCUGAGUGGUGCGAACCUCUCCCACUGUUGCUUGGAGCGGGCUGACUUAUCGCACGCUAAUUUAGAAGGAGCUCAGUUACUAGGCGUUAAAGCUUUAUGCGCUAAUAUGGAAGGGGCGAACUUGAGAGGGUCGAAUAUGGAAGAUCCUGCUGGAUCCAGAGCUGUGAUGGAGGGAGUUAAUCUAAAAGGAGCCAACUUGGAAGGAAGCAAUAUGGCUGGUGUAAACUUGAGGGUGGCAACACUGAAGAAUGCUAACCUUCAAAAUUGUGAUCUCAGGACUGCUGUGCUAGCUGGGGCAGAUUUAGAGUGCUGCGACCUGUCAGGCAGCGAUCUUCAUGAAGCGAACCUGCGAGGCGCCAACCUGAAAGAUGCGGCAUUUGAACUCAUGCUCACUCCCCUGCACAUGUCUCAAACUAUAAGAUGAAUUGUUAUUUAUUAUUUAUACAGAAAUAUAUAUUUUACGUUUUCUUUUCA